CUUUCUUCAUAUCUUGGCUGGCCAACUUUAAGCUCCUACUCUUUGCUUUUGGUAUGGGUCCAAUAUCCGACCCAUCACUCGCUCUUGCCCAUUUUGUUAUUCUUGCUUGUUUCCCCAUCAAGGUCCAACAAAAUGUAACCCCAGACCCUCUAAAAUGCACCCAAAGUAAAGAAAACAUGGAAAAACCUCUCACUAAUGGAAAAAAUGAAGCAAACCACCCCCCAUGUUCCAAAGCCUUACAAAUUGGCCUAAAAUCCCCUAUGCAUUAUGCUAAAAAGGCCUCCAUUCUAGCCUUUAUACUGUGUAUGGAUUCUUAUAGGCUGUACAUGCAUCCAGACAUCAUCUUAAUUCUCAUUUGCAUAUAUGUUUACGUUGGAUUGGAAGUCAUGCUAGCCGUGGUGGCAAUGUUUAUGCAAAUGCUGCUAAAUUUAGAGCUCGAGCCACCAUUUGACGACCCUCACCUCUCAUCUUCUUUACAAGACUUUUGGGGCCGGAGGUGGAACCGUAUGGUCACUAGCGUGCUACGCUCGUCCGUAUAUGAUCCCAUCCUUCACCUCUCCAAGGAGGCAUUGGGCCAUAAAUGGGCUCCCAUUCCAGCAGUUCUGGCCACAUUCCUAGUGUCCGCUUUCAUGCAUCAGCUGGUAUUCUAUCACUUGGGCCACUUGAGGCCCACCUGGGGGACAAUUUGGUUCUUUCUCAUUCAAGGCUUGUCUGUUUUAGUUGAGGGUGCGUUGAAGAAGAAAUUCACUGCCUCAUGGAGGCUGCCUCGGGUGAUCACAGGGCCACUAGCCUUUGGAUUUGUGAUUAUAACGUUUAUGAGACUGGUUUUGCACCAUUUAGUUUAUUACAAGGUUGAUGUUAGGUUGGUUCAAGAGUACGUUGCUUUGGGCACAUUUGUGAAGGAUCUAGGCAUGGCUCUGAAGGAAUGGGUGCAUCAGGGCAUAUGUCCUGAACAUACAAAGGCAUUGGCAAUGCCUGUUUGGAAUAAUAUGUCUCAAAUUUGUAAUAUAAAUUAA